GUCCACCAAAGAAUGGCGAGAAUGUGCCAACUUUAAUUCGAAUGAAUAAAGAAAAAUUCGAAUAUACUUUGGAUUUAUCCGAAAUUGCUGGGCGGUACUACAAACUGCAUCCAGGCAUCAUCCGUAGCAUGUCUGUUACUAUUCCAUUACCAUAUCCUGAUCGGAAAUCGUUAGUUGACGAGGCUUUAAAGCAGGAUGUAUGUGAGACUAGUCCAAGGAAACAAAUGGCCAAACGAUCAAUGGCAUUACCGCCAUUACCAUCUUCAAGCAACAAAAAGUUCAAGGCCAAUGAUUAUGGAUCGGUAAUUCGUGACAAUAAAGUGAUUCAUAAUGCUUUCGCACAGAAUACGUCCCAAAAGUCGAAUGUUUCUACCAUCUCUACCACCUCUGCUACUUCCGUUACCCCCGUCGCUUCCGUUACCCCCGUCGCUUCCGUUACCCCCGCUGCUUCCGUUAACCCCACUGCUUCCGUUAACACCGCUACUUCAAUCACUUCAGUUAUCCCCGCUACUUCAAUCACUUCAGUUAUCCCCGCUACUUCAGUCACUUCAGUUACUCCCGCUACUUCAAUCACUUCAGUUACUCCCGCUACUUCAGUCGCUUCAGUUACUUCAGUUACUCCCGCUACUUCAGUCGCUUCAGUUACCCCCGCUACUUCAGUUACUCCCGCUACUUCUGUCGCUUCUGUUUUUCCCAUUUCUACUAUUCCUGCUGUUCCCGAUAUUUCUGCUGCCUCAAUAAAAGUUACUGUAAUAGUUUCUCCAACUAUUUCACUUUUAGAUGAAUCUGAUACAGAAAUAUUGGAUACAAAUUUUGAUAUGUAA